UUGACACCGCUGGAGUAUGGCAGAGAAGACUGACGACAGAGAAGACAGAGAAGAUCUCCAGAUGCAUUACAAAGCCUCAUCUUCAAUCAACUCUGAAUGUCAACCAUCAGCAAUGGAAGAUUAUUCUCUGUGAUGGACAAAGUGGUCAUCUUUCACCCUUCCAGAGAAUGUUAUUUAUCUACAUAUAUUUACAUAUGGAAUCAUAAAUGCAUCUAGGUCCUCCAGAAAUGAAUUGAACACUGCUGGACACUACAUCAAGACUGAACAACGAUGGCUUUACAUUUAUAUUCUCUGCUCUAUGAUGAGACGACUGUGAUCUGAGGAGAGCUUCAGAAAGUGGAGCUCUAACUGAUCUGAAAUUCUGGAAAAGGUCAAAGGUCUUGGGUUAAGCAUGGUGUCAGUGGAGGUCUCUGUGGCUUUCGUGUUGUGCAGUGUGCUGAUGAAAGCCAGGGCUCUGAUUGAUUCUGAUGACGUCAUCACCAGGGAUGAACAGAUCUUUCUUCUGAUUGGUGCACGGGCGAAGUGUGAGAAAAGCAUCCAUGAUCAACUAGAUGUAGUUGAAGAGGGUUACUGUGUUCCUGAGUGGGAUGGGAUCAUUUGCUGGCCUUCAGGAAAACCCAACCAGCUGGUUACAGUCCGGUGUCCUGAGUACAUUUACGAUUUCAACCACAGAGGACAUGCUUAUCGCCAGUGUGAGGCUUCAGGCAAUUGGGAGCAGGUGCAUGCUCUGAACCGGACGUGGGCCAACUACACUGAAUGCACUACUUACCUACAUACAAACCACAGUGCUCAGGAGGUGGUCUUUGAGCGUCUUUACCUGAUGUACACUAUUGGAUAUUCAAUAUCACUGGCAGCAUUACUGGUGGCUGUGUUUAUCCUCUGCUAUUUCAAGCGUCUUCACUGCACUCGUAACUACAUCCACAUCCACCUCUUCACCUCAUUUAUAUGCCGAGCAGUCAGUAUAUUUGUGAAAGAUGCUGUUCUGUAUACUAUAACAGACGAAAGCAAACUAGAGGAUGGGGCGGUUGGACAACGAUCUUAUAUGGUGGGUUGCAAGGUUGCUGUGACGCUCUUCCUGUAUCUCUUGGCAACCAAUCAUUAUUGGAUCCUGGUGGAGGGUCUGUACCUGCACAGCCUAAUCUUCAUGGCCUUCCUGUCUGAUAAGAACUGUCUGUGGGCCUUAACAAUCAUCGGCUGGGGGAUACCGGCUGUGUUUGUAUCCAUAUGGGUCAGUGCUCGAGCGUCUCUGGCAGACACACAGUGCUGGGAUAUAAGUGCAGGCAACCUGAAGUGGAUCUAUCAAGUACCAAUCUUGGCAGCCAUUGUUGUAAACUUCUUCCUCUUCCUCAAUAUCAUCAGGGUUUUGGCAUCUAAGUUGUGGGAAACAAACACAGGAAAACUGGACCCUAGACAGCAAUACAGGAAGCUUUUGAAAUCAACCCUGGUGCUGAUGCCACUGUUUGGAGUUCAUUAUAUGUUGUUCAUGGCUCUUCCAUACACUGACGUCACAGGUCUGCUAUGGCAGAUUCAGAUGCAUUAUGAGAUGCUGUUCAACUCUUCACAGGGUUUCUUUGUGGCUUUUAUUUACUGCUUCUGUAAUGGGGAGGUACAGGCUGAGGUUAAAAAGGCUUGGCUGAGGCGAAGUCUGGCAAUAGAUCUGAAGCAGAAGGCUCGUGUCACCAGUAGCGCCUGCGGUGGGAGCGGCUACUACGGAGGCAUGAUGUCCCACACCACCACGCAGAGUGUUUGCCUUAGUGUCAGUGGUACAAAAGGGACACCUCUGGUGGGAACGGCCCUGGGUUGCAAAGGACUAAAGUGCCCCCCUAUAGGAAAUGCACCCGGCUAUGUUUUCAGUGACACAGAGGCUGUGUUUCUUCCAGUGCAGCAACAUGAGCUGGUACUGAGGCAGGCUGAUGGAAAGGUGAUGUGCAGUCAGACUUGCAGGAAUGGAAAGGAAAGUGACAAUGAUCUUGAGCCAUAUUUUGUAGCAGAUGAGGAAUAUUCUGGGUCUGUGUCUUGGAAAGAGUUGGAGACAAUGCUUUGACUCUUGGACUAUUCAUCCGGUGUAAAUAACAUGAGAAAAUACUGACUGCAUCAUAUUGUUGGAAAGGCAGGCAUUACAAUCACUAUUACAGUACAUAGCAUACACAUAGUUACUUCCUGGCAACUGCACAUCAUCAUGACUGACACUUUUUCAUGGGCAAGCACCAGUAACAUCACUAUUCAUAAGAGCUUUGAAAAAACAAAUAUUUUAAAGGCAGGGAUGUAAUUUGUUUCCAAUCAUAAGUAGAUCAUCUCAAACUAUUCCUGUAAUCUGUCAGCUCUUUCUUUAUCUGCUUCAUCUGUCAGAUAAGGUCAAAUUAUUUUAUAUAAUGUACUGUGGUUAACCUGUAGAUACAGUUUAAAUGGUGUGGAGUUUCUUUAGCUCAUUCAAUCAGUACAUUGUGAUUUCCACUGCUUUACAAACUUCUGAUGUCAUUGGUUUUCAUCUGAUGUUUGUCAGUAACUGUGUUUAGACCAGCCCUGCAAUUUUUUAGUUAGUGUGCAAAAAAACAAACUUACAGUAUAAGCUACUAACCAGCAAGCAAUAGCUAAUUUCACCAUCUAUAGGUUAAGACCCGAUAUAGUCUGGCAAUGAGUAACCCAAAAUAUGACCCAAAAAUUUUGUUUUUGCCAAAAUAUGAUUUCCAUCAUGUAAGCAAAGUAAACAAUUUUUACAAGGUGUUUGGUUUCAUUUAUUUAUUUAUUUAAUUUCAUUUAUUUUUGGGCAAUAGUUUGACUUGUUUCAGUCUACAGUAGAUGUCUGUGUUUGGGUGGCUAUUAAAUGUCUUUUAAACCCAAAAUUGCUUGCUGGGUACCUGUUAUCACCUGGUCCUGAUAAAUCUGUUAUAGGAAUAGUUUAAUCAAAAAUGUAUGACCUAAAGGUAAAUAAAAGCUUUUUCUUUGUUUUUCUAACGCAAACCUAUCGGACAUAAGACCUUAAAUAUAGUGCUCAAGUCAUGGAUUGUAAAUGGUGUAUAUUUCUAUUAUGAUGCUUUUUUAGAGGUUAAUUUUUUUUAAAGAUUCCUUUUUUUGCUUUCUAUAGCAAAGCAACACCACGCAGGUUUAGAAAAGCAAAAGUGAAAAUGUAAAAUGUCUUAACUAUAAUCCUAACUAUUUUAGGAUUAGCUGAAUGGUGCAUUUUUUUUGCACGCUUUUAAAAUAUAUUGUACAAAUUCUUCAGAAUAAGACGCCUCUCUCUCUGCCGGUUUCAAACAUGGUCCUCUGCUCUAAACCUUUAGGGGCGCUUUUCAAGAGAGGGUUUAAGUGAAGUCCCAGACUAAAAUGCAUGGCCUUGUCGUGGAUUAAUUUAGAAAACCAGCAUUUAGCAUUAUCUGAUGAAAACUGCAUUGAUGUACUGUAUGCCAGUUUGUACUGUGCUUUCUUUACCGUAAAUGUGCAUUGAA